ACACAUUGCACACUGCAGGGCAGGCAUAGGAGCAGAACACUAUCACCACACACAGCCAGCUAUGGGCUAGUCUGUGCCAAGCAGCUUCUGCCCAUUGCUGGCCACGUUCCUGCCCUGCCAGGGGAUUUCCAAUUUUCCAUACACAGUAGUGUCAUCUACUUUCCUUUCUGUUCACACUGGAUUUGGUGGUGAAGACAGAAACGUGCUCAGCAGAUCUGCCAGAAAGUCUACUACUAUACUAGGAUGGAAGACAUGGAUACACAAGAUGAAAUGGAAAACGUCAUCCCGGAGUUGGUGGAUUUCCUUUGCCAGGAUGUAGACUGGUUAGUUGGGAAGGUCCAGGCUCUGCUGCCUGACACAGAUCUUCAGCCCAUUCUGCAGAGAGCAGAUGAGAGAGGAAGGGUCUCUGCUCUUAUUCAGAUGCUGAGGAAGCUUCAUGUGAAGGUGUGGAAGGCUCUUAUAGAUUGCAUCUGCAUGGAAUGUCCUCUUCCCAUGGAACUCGAGGUGCAACUACUCAGCCUGACUGGACAAGGAUCAGGUGAAGUGAGUUUGAGAAGCUCCUUGUCAAAUGAGGACAGUAGAGAGCGGAGGAAACAAGAAUCUGCUGAGCGUUACAAAGAGCAGAUAAGAUGCUCCUUGCUGGAAAAGUAUGGAUUUAAGGUUGCAGGGGAUCCUAAAGGACAGUUCCAUCCAAUGUUUAUUGAUCCAUUAAUCAAAGAGAUCAAGAUGUCCAAGGACCAUUCUAGAAGGAAAGGUGAUGCUGACAGAAGCUCAGCUACAGAGGACAGUUUCGACACAGUAAAAAUAAUCAAUCUCUUUAAGAGAACCAGCCUCAAGAAAACUCAUGUUAUUUUACUGGUGGGAAUGCCAGGCACUGGUAAAACAAUGCUAACUCACAGAAUCUGCUACGAAUGGGCACGUGGGCAAUUCAGCCAGUUUACGCUGAUUUUUCUCUUUGAGUUUCGGCAGCUGAAUCUGAUCAGCAAACACUUCUGUCUCAGGGAACUUUUGUUCAACUUGUUUCUUAUGCCGGAAUUGGAUUCCGAAGAAGUGUUCGAAUAUGUCCUUCAGAACCCCCAGAAGGUUCUCAUCAUAUUUGAUGGACUGGAUGAGUUUAAUGGACAAUUUGCAAACAGUCCUCUUAACAUUAACCCUGACAUCGGCCAAAUCACCACCACCUGCCAGUUGUUUUCCUGCAUCUUUUACGGGGCAGUUUUGCGGGGAUGUACUGUUGUCGUCACCUGCAGAUCGAAAAUAUUAAACAGCCUUCCGCUAGAUUCCGUAAACCGCGUUGCUGAUGUCCUGGGCUUCGAUAAAGAGCGAGUCGAACAAUAUGUUGUUGAUUUUUUCCACACGAGUGCACUGAAAGGCAAAGUAUUGUUCCAUUUGCGAGACAAUAAAAAACUACUGCACAUGUGCUUUGUGCCCGCUUUAUGCCACAUUGUGUGUGUGUGUUUGGAACAUUUGCUACACACUUCAUCAGUGAAGUCAGGUCUUCCACAGACGAUAACGCAAUUCUAUGUGGAAAUGCUAAAGAUUUUUAUCCGGAAAAGGCUGACGUCUUUGGCGGAUGAGGCGACGACACUGAAAACAUUCAGACCGUUAAUCUACGACUUGUCUGAGCUCGCGCUUAUCGGAAUUGACAAAAACAAGACCGUAUUUUAUGUAGGAGAAGUUUCGGCAGAGCUGCAGGGCUUCGCCACCGCUCACGGACUUCUGUCAAUGUUUGACGUCAAGAAGUUUGAAGGUGACAAAGAUGUGGGCUAUUCCUUUGUUCACCUCAGCGCUCAGGAGUUCUUUGCUGCUUUGCACUUGAUGAUAAAUGAGACAGUCACAGAAACUACCCUGCACAAAAGGCUUUCCCUAAAAUCAAAGUGGAACUUGAAACAUAAGACAAAGGAUGAACUCACAGACAAUUUUCAUAUAUUCCUUUCCGGGCUGGCGUCCGUGGACUGUCGGACAUUUCUGUAUGAGUUAACACAACAAAGCGAGAACCUGAUACAAACUAAACAAAAAAAGAUUCUGGAGUCUCUCGUGCGAUUGGCAGACACCCAGCUGACAGGGCCCAAGGUAAUCGAGUUGUGUCACUGUGCUUAUGAGACCCAGGAUGAGAAUUUGGCCCAGAAGGUUGGGAAGCACCUAGCACAGAAAUAUGAGCUGAAGAAUUUCAGAAUUACCCCAGUGGAUAUGACUGCUUUGAUGUUUGUUGUUAAACAUGGGUCAUGUCUGGUUUCGUUAGAUUUUGCAGGAUGUCCAAUGGAGCUGGACUGCCUGGAAAUCUUAGGAGCAUGUCACAACAUACAAAGUUUAAGUUUCAGAAACAGAAAAUACGGUGAUGCGUUUGCCUACGCACUUUCUCCGGUGAUAUCUGACAUGGAAUAUCUGAGGAAAAUCAGGUUGACCACAGGACGACUUACAGCCGGUGGAGUUGCGGUUUUGAUGAAGUCUUUCCUCGGCUGCAUGGCACUGCAGGAAAUACACUUGCAGAAUAACCACCUAAAGACAGAGGACAUGGUCACAUUCGUCUCAUUAUUUUCUAAGAUGGAGCAUUUAAAACUUUUGGACCUGAGCCACAAUGAGAUACAAGUGACGGGUGUCCUCACAUUGAUAAAGGCAGCUGUCAUGUGCCCCAGCACAGACAAUGUACAGAUAACAGGGGACACGGCUGCAAUCAUUUUCUCCUCAGAAAACUGUCGCCCUGAAAGCUCUCCACAGCUCAAGAAAGCUAGAAACGAAGUUACUGGGAUGAGAAAGAAAAGACUGAGUCUUCAAAACUGUAACCUGACCCCGGAGCACGUUCCUUUGCUGCUUGAGUUACUCACAGGCUCCCAACUUUCUCACUUAAAUUUAUCUGGUAAUCCUCUUGGAGAUGGUGGCUGUAAACUGCUCAUUGAGGGCCUGCCCAAUAUACCAAUAUCUGGAGAACUGGAGCUUAACAAGACACAGUUAUCUGAAGAAGGAAUAUUUCACCUUGUGUGUUCCAUGCUGUCCUGCCUCAAUGUAAAACACAUAUUUGUCAGCGGCAUACAGCAGACGGCAGAGAUCGGUUUCUCUACUGGCAGUGACGAUGGGCACAGAGAUAUCAGGAUAACUGGCUUUAAAUAUUACCGGAGAGGUUUGGAGAAGCUGUGCGCAAUACUACAACAGUGCAGCAAGUUAGCACAUUUGGACUUGUCUGACAACAGCUUACAAAACGCCGAGAUCUGUCAAGUGACCCAGAUUCUUCCUGAGCUAAAAAGGCUGCGCUCAGUCAAUCUGAGCGGUAACGGCAUCUCUCUGGGUGGGAUUAUACACCUGGCCACGUCUUUGUCUGUGGUGGAGAACCUGGCCGAUGUCACUAUUAGCUUUGGGAGCCGUCAAAUUGUGCUGCUAACAUUACAGGACAGUAGCAGGGAGGAGUCUUUCCUAGUACACAAUGAAAACACAUCAGCGCCACCUCAAUCGCCCAAAGCGUUCAGCCUGACAGGAUACAGCAUGACUUCCCGGAAGCUGCAGAGUCUAUUGCAGGUGCUGGUGCAAUGUUCUGCUCUCACACAGAUAAAUCUCUCUGGCAAUGCACUGAGCUACCACAUGAUGGAAUCCCUGCUGACACAUCUGCCGCAUUUCCACAAUCUGACGUUUCUCAACAUCAGUAAAAGUGACCUUUCCCCAGACUGUGUUUUAUUACUCGCUGACUCCAUUAACCUCUGUGACCGCAUUACAGAGGUGGAUGUGAGGUCUGCUGAAGACAUGUGCUUGCAUUUACAAAGGCAACAUAAGGCAAGCAAGGUUAUCUGCAGGUUAAACAAUUGUAAAAUUAGCAGGAAGGAUGUGACGCCCCUUCUGACAGCGUUCCAGCGGAACCCUAACCUACUGGAAGUAAGCAUGUGCAUAAACCAUUUAUCAGAGGAUGGCGUCCUUGUGUUACUGUCUACUCUCAGUUCCUGGAGGAAUGUUGCAGAGAUCAACGUCUGUUUAAAUCCAAAAGAAACAAUCCAUGUUGUAUUUUCACCUUCUGGAGACUCAUUGAGGAAAAUAAGAUUAAAUGGAUGCAAUUUCCAAGCAGAACAUCAUUCUAAGCUGUGGGCCGUGCUGGAGAAUAGUUACAAUAUCACACAUUUUAUAUCAAAGAGGAACAAUAUAGCUUUGGAUGAUGUGAAGGAUUGUCUAUCAGUGCAGUCACAAAUAUCUCAUGAUUUCACCUUAAGUAUUGAUGAGCCAUGGGUGGGAGGAGAGAAUUUAAUGUCACUUGUCCAUCACAUCACCCAGACUCCUGCAAAUAUCAAGGGUAUCAGCAUAUGUGAAAAUAAAGUUACCAUAAAGCUGAACGGUUGGGUAGACAGUAAGGACAGGAGCAAAGGAUCACAUUUUCAAGCACUGAGAUCAUUAAGGUUUAAUCUCUGCGGACUGGAAAUAUAUAAUCUGGAUUGUCUAAACCCAGUAAUUAAGAAUGGUACAUGUCUUACGGAGUUGAACUUAUCGCACAAUUGUCUCGGUGAUAGAGGCGUGCAGAUCGUUGCAGGGUUUCUGGGUUCCCUUCCGGCCCUGAAGAUGAUUAAAUUGGCUUCUACACAGAUGUCCCAUGUCGGCCUAACAGCUCUUACAGACAGCCUGAUUCAUUGCAAAUCAGUCCAAAAUAUUGAUGUCUCCAGUAACUGUGUUGGUGAAGAGGGAGCGUUAUCUUGCACACAUUUGCUUACUCAGAAGAGGAACCUCAAUGUCAUAAAUGUAUCCGGAUGCUUUUUGGUGACUUCUGCUGGAGGAAGACAAUUUAUUGCAGAGUUAUCCCAGUGUCCGGAGCUGCAGGAGAUACACUUACAAUCUAUGGCGCUGGAUGACGCCACUCUCCCCACUUUGUUCCAAGGAUUUCCGCAGGCGUCAUUAAUAAGGAAGCUAAUGCUUGGCAAUAACAAUAUAACCCAUGCAGGUGUUUAUUAUCUGGCAGAGAGUUUGGCUCGCUGUACCAACAUGGAGAGCAUGGAUUUAUCAGGAAUUCGGUUUGAAACUGAAGCAAUUGUUUGUCUAGCAAAAGUUCUUCCGCAAAUGCCCCAAUUAAAAGCUCUCAGCCUGGGGUCCUGCGGUCUAGGGGAGUGCUCUGAAAGUUCCUUCGUGGAGUUGCUGGUAUCCCUUCCGCAGCUUGAAGACAUCAGCUUAUCAAAUAACACAUUCAGCGAACACGACUUACUGAGACUUACAGAUGGACUUCUGCAUUUCAAAUUGCUAAAGAAAAUUAACUUAAAUUUGUGUGGCGUAUCAGACGCUGUGUGCAGAUCCCUGGCAGGGGCGUUGGUAUGCUGUCAGAAUGUGGAAGAAAUCAUAUUGUCUUGGAACAGAAUCGGCGAUGGUGGGGCGCGUGCUCUGUCUGCUGCUUUAAAGCACACGCGAAAACUGAAGACGUUGGAUCUGGAGAGAAACCAGAUCAGAGAACAUGGUGCUGAAGCCGUGGCUCAAGCAUUAAGCGUCUGUCUUUGGAUAAAAGUAGUACGUUUGUGGCACAAUCAAGUCUCAAAGGAAAUAGAAAACAUGUUGCAGAAAGAAAAUCCAAGACUCCGCUUCCAUUGAAUAACAGAAGAAGGUCCUUUUUGAUUUGCAGGUCAAAUGAAAUGGAAACUUAGGGCUGGCAUUGCCGCAGGCUCUUCUGAUUAGGCCGAGCCUGCAUUUUGUCCAAACUGUAUGUUUCCGAGUAUUUGCACUUUUACUUGGCAGUUGUGCUGCCGCUGUAUACUUACUGUAUGUGACAAGAUUGCACUCGCGUUGUAUAUAAAUAGUGAUUUAGCUAAAAUGUUGGCAGCUAUCCUCGUGUGCGCAUCAGUCUGCACUACUUGCGGAGCGGUUUGCUCUACGCGCUUUGUGUUGGAGUCGGAUCAGCGUUGCUGCAUGCAUGGUACAGGGUGUGUGCAGCGCAGCAAUGUUUCAGCACACCUGGGGGCUAUUUCAGAUCCUGAAGUUUCGUGAAAAUGGAGGCGUGUCACUGACGUUUAGGCGGAGAGAAAAGGCCAGGAUCUCCAUUGUUGUAGGGACAUUUCCUGGCCUCUUACGAGGAUCUGCGAUGGGUGGCUUGCGCAAUCCCCAUGGGUGCCGCAAGCCGCCUGAUGGUGUCGUAGUGAUCCAAGGACGCAGCUUGGAUCACUACUGCGGGAUCCGGUCUGAAGAUCGACACUGUCUAGGUCGACAAUGUUUAGGUCGACCACUAUUGGUCGACAGUCACUAGGUCGACAUGGUUUCAAGGUCGACAGGGUUUCUAAGUCAACAUGUUCUAGGUCGACAGGUCAAAAAGUCGACAUGACUUUUUCACAUUUUUUUCCAACUUUUUCAUACUUAACGAUCCACGUGGACUACGAUUGGAACGGUAAUCACCUUGCCCGAAGCAUGGCGAGCGAAGCGAGCCAUGCGAGGGGACACGGUGCACUAAUUGGACUUUCCGGUCACUGUACAGAGAAAACGACACAAAAAAAACACGAAAAUCUCAUGUCGACCUUUUGAACUGUCGACCUAGACCAUGUCGACCUAGAACCCCUGACGACUUUCCAACCCUGUCGACCUAGUGCCUGUCGACCUAUAAUGGUCGACUCAAAGUUUGUCGACCUAGAAACUGUCGAUGCAAUAAUCCACACCCCACUACUGCAGCAGGAGGCAUCUACUUAUAAACGACGCCUCCUGCUGCAGUUCCAUACAGCGCUAUCACUGCCGCUGCCAUAGAAGUGAUAGCACCUCCUACCACAUCUGAAUGAGCCCCCUGGUACCACACACAGAAGGACUCCUUUGCUGUUACGGUUAAGUGUACCAAACUACUGUAAUCAAUAAGGCGCUUGUUUCCUAAUUAGCAGAAGACUGUUGAAGACUAAUUGCUGUUUGGCUAAUUGCUGAUUGUUCCAAUCCACACAAAUCCCAUGUGCUCCCUUGGGAUUAAAUUGCAGCACUCGGGGGGGAAAAGGGGAAAAUAAAAAAAUAUAUAGCAAGACAGUAUUGCUAAAGUUUAUAAAACAAACUGCACUACACCUAUUUAAUACAUACUGUAAUACUUGAGAAAGAAAAGCACAAGCCAUAGCUUGAGUUAUUUGAUGUACUAUGGGGGUAAUUCCAAGUUGAUCGCAGCAGGAUUUUUGUUAGCAAA